AUGACCCAACCAGACUCAAAGACGCACAUAGUUGUCGGCGUGCUCUCCGUCCAGGGCUCUUUCAGGGAGCAUUUGGACCAUCUGAAUGUUUUAUUUGCGGACCUAAAUUCUGCUCUGGAAUAUGGCCAGUACGAGUUUUCCGCAAGAAAAGUCAAGCAGCCAGAGGAUUUGGACGGCCUGAGCGGCAUAAUCCUGGUUGGCGGCGAGUCCACGACCAUGUCGCUGCUGCUGCAACACAGCGGGCUGUUUGAGCCUCUAGCUCGGCUAAUCCAAUCAGGUAAGAUCGGUGUGUGGGGAACCUGUGCUGGCUUGAUUUUAAUAGCAAAUGAGGUCACCAACACCAAGACAAAUCUGGGGAAACACAAAUUCAGGGUUCUCGGCGGCCUGGACGUCUCUAUUGAGCGCAACUCGUUUGGACGCCAGGUCGACUCGUUCACUCAAGAUCUAAGCUUUAAGGGAUCAGGGGUCAAAUCGUUCGAAUGUGUGUUUAUCAGAGCGCCGGUUGUGUCUCAGAUUCUGAGCGGAGAACGUCGCUUGGGCGCUGAAAGCUCUGUGGUGGCAGAAGUGCACCAGACAAAUAAUCACCCCGUGGAGGUCCUUUCGGAGGUGGAAAAAAACGGCAAGACACUGAUUGUUGCUGUUCGACAAGGCCACGUCCUCGGCACGUCGUUCCACCCCGAGCUGGUGCACGACACUCGGUUCCACAAGUGGUUUGUAGACGAGUUUGUUCUAAAGCGGUCGAUCGACGCAUGA